GAACCAGAGCGACCUACCUUCUGAGACCGGCGAAGAACAAGCGGUUCGCCGCCAUAGAGCCCCGGCAUUCUCCAUCACAGACUUUCGGGUUACGACCCGUCACCUCGUUUCGCAGCACAAAUGGGAUAGAAAGUUUGGACCGUCCAUACAUGUGGGUCCCAUAAUUCUCACGGUCCAGAUUCACGGUGCGCCAAAAGAUUGAGCUAAAGCCCCUAAAACCCAAGAAGCAAAUCGGAGCAUUCCGAUCAUCGUUCAAUCGGCAUCAUCUCUUUACGGGGCUUCAUUUUUUUCAACUUUAAAGCUAUAUCUACAAUCGGCUGAGUGAAUGCGACGGUUUAGUUGGUUAACGCCGUAUCGGCGUCGACUGCUUGCAUCUAUGGCUUUGGAACCGCCCGUUGAUCAAGGAAAGUCCAUGAGUACAUUAUUGUCCUCUGGCCAAUCGUUGUCUAUCAGACGAGCUUUGAUGAGCUGCAAUUUUGCCAAAAUAAACGACCAGUCUGCAACUUCAAGAAUACCUUUAAAUUAUCGUUAUAUUCAUGCCACAGCAUUUCUUUCUUCAAUUGAGCGAGACUACUAUCAAAUUCUUGGUGUUCCUGAAAAUGCCAGUCAGGACGAUAUCAAGAAGGCAUUUCACAGACUUGCUAAGAAGUACCAUCCUGAUGCAAAUAAGAAUAAUCCAUCUGCUAAGAGGAAAUUUCAAGAUAUAAGAGAAGCUUAUGAGACCCUGAGAGAUUCUAAAAAGAGGACACAGUUUGACAAGAUGCGAACUUCAGAUUCUGAGAAUAUAGAAUAUGAACGGGAUGCUGAAGAACGGUUUAGAAAUGCUUAUAGGGCUCACUUUUCAGAUUCAUUUCAUAAAAUCUUCUCUGAGAUAUUUGAAGAAGCGACCACUCAUUCUGCAUCAAAUAUUGAGGUUGAGAUAUCACUUUCUUUCUCAGAAGCUGUUAAGGGGUGCACCAAACAUGUGUCUUUUGAUGCAGUUGUUCCCUGUGAUUUUUGUGAUGGGCGAGGCUAUUCGCACAAUGCAAAGGCAAUUGUUUGUCCAACAUGCAGGGGCGUAGGCAGAGUUACAAUCCCUCCAUUUACAUCAACAUGCAUCACUUGUAGAGGAUCAGGGCGAGUAAUCAAGGACCACUGUAAAUCUUGUGGAGGAUCUGGGGUGGUAGAAGGCAUUAAAGAGGUUAAAGUUACUGUACCAGCAGGUGUGGAUUCAGGAGAUACAAUUCAUGUGCCAGAAGCUGGACAUGCUGCUGGACGUGGAGGUCGACCUGGAAGUCUAUAUAUUAAAAUAAAGGUCGCUAAGGAUCCUGUUUUUGCCAGAGACGGUGCAGAUGUUUAUGUGGAGUCUAACAUCAGCUUUACGCAAGCUAUUCUUGGUGGUGAAGUUGAGGUCCCUACUUUAUUAGGGAAGACGCUAGUAAAAAUACCUAAGGGUGUUCAACCAGGACAGCUUCUGAUUUUAAGAGGCAAAGGACUUCCGAAGCAUGGUUUUCUUGUAGACCAUGGAGAUCAGUUUGUGCGCUUCCGUGUUAACUUCCCCACUGUAAUUAAUGAACGACAACGAGCCAUUCUAGAAGAACUUGCCAAGGAGGAAAUAAAGGAGGGAUACAAUUCACAGAUCGAAGGAAAUUGUUGCAUGGCUAAUCGGAUGGAGGCAUAUCACGAGUAGUGGCGUGCUGCUGUUGGCACAUAAAGUUUGCCCGUCCAUUGGCAUCGUUGAAAAUCUUGUCUAGCAUGCUAGCUUAAUUGAUUUUGUUUAAUACUACCUCUGGUCCUUAAUAUAAGAGCUUGUUUGACUUUUAAUUUG